CCCUAAAUAGGUGUAUUGAAAAAUAUCCGUUUUAUCUGCACCUGAAAUAACUCUGACAUUUCAUUGAUCCAUAAUCUUCUGUCAUAUUUUGGCCCAGUUUUUGGCAAUCUACGGUAAAAUUCAGCUAAAACUUGGCAAAAGUGAAAUGUACACUUACAAAGUAAAAUGAAACACGGUUAAAUAAUUUAUAGAUUCCACAGUUAAAUAAGUGAGCUACCUCUUUACAGUUCAUUAAUUUGGUAUAGAAAUAUAUAUGUGGUCUAUUAGACAGUGCCAUAUCGUAUAGACAUGUACAUUGUGGGCAUAUUAAAGGAUUUGGAGUACAAUAGUGCUUAUACUGGCUAAUAUUGCUAUUCUAUAUUCAUUAUUGAAACACGCGAAUGUGUUAAAGAUAAACUGAUUAUAUCUUUUGUUAUAAAGUAAUGCCAAUUAUUCUGAAGUAUUGAUCAUUUCAGAAUUGAAGCUGAUUAAAAAUAGAUAUCGCUUGACUAUUUAGAAAAGUGUAUAAAAAAAUCUAAUUGUUAUUUUUCUGUUAAUACAUCAAGUGAUUUUUUGGUGGAUUUUAUCAGUUGUGUUGGAUUUAUUAAUAUUAAACUUGUUCAAUACCAUUACAAAAAAAAAACUGGAUUUAUUUAUUUAUAUAGGAAGUAAACUUAAGUGACUCCACUUUUGAAUUUUAUAUAGUGUUGGAUUGUUAAUUUCAAGAAAUGUAGAUAUUAACAAUGGGAAGCGGUAGUUCAAGUGAAGCACCAAAAGAAACCCAAUCAGCUCCAGCCACUGCACGUGCAACCCCAAAACAACCCAAGAGAAAUCGUCAGUUUGAAGAAGUUCAAAUCGCCGGCCAAGGCGGCAGCCGGCCACGAGCACCAGCUCGCUCGACAGGUGCGAGUCCAAAUCCCCAUCAGUCAUCAUCGACAUCUAAGACUCCCAGAGGAACGGAUCCUGGAGCAUCUGGAAGCACAACUGACAGAUCUAAACCACAGAACACACCGAGACAGGGCGCGGCUGCCAACGGGAGAAAGAAAGAUGACGAUAUUGUUUUUGAGACGUUUUAUCACCGGAGCGGGAAAGAGUUCCAAUGUAUCUAUCAGAGUGGAAUGCGAUUCUACCUCGAUGAUUGGGGAUCCAAGGAAUGGCAACCGUUCCCUAAGCGUUGGUACAAUGAAGGUUUACUAGUGACAAACACUAUACUUAAAGAUGAGAAUGCUGAGAAUAAUGCUAGAAAUGAACAAGCUGCUGGAGCAUCUGGUCAAGGUCAGUCAUCAAGGUCACAAGGUCGUGGUCAAGGUCAGAGCGGAGGUGGUGGCGGAGGUGACGACAGAGAGGGUUUUCUUAUGCAUCCAACGAAAGGCAGAAUACCAACUUAUAUAUUUUAUAAAAAGCACAAUGUACACAUGUACUUUGAUAGAGACACGGGUUCGUGGGUUCGUAUGCCUGUUGGUUGGGAGCUGCAUCAUAAUAUGGUCAAAUCACUUGUUGAUCAAGUAGACGAGGCCGUGCCAACAUGGGGUGAUAGACAUGAUAUACUAGCACUGCUUCGAGCAUGUAAUUAUGAUCCUGAUGAGUGUAUAUCCAUAUAUCUACAUUUAGAAAGAGAUGAAUGGAUGAAAGGACCAAAGACCUCAAAAGAAAACAAAGUUUUGAUGGAAAAAGAAGUACGAAUUCUAGAGUUGGAGAAGAGAGUCAGACAUCUAGAAAUACAAUUACAGAAAGAAAUGGAUGCUAGAGCAGAUGCCGAAAGAAAUCUUGAGAUACAAAUGACGAAAUUUAGUGAAUUGGAGGCGGAAUCAAAGGAGACAGAAGCUCAUUUGUCUGCAGUAACUGGUGGCAGGCCACCUACUGCAAGACCUUUCUCAAGAAUGGUGAAGCCGGGACAAAAGGGUGCCAAAGGUGUUGUCGCUGGGGCAGCUGUUAAAGGGGGAGGUAAACAGGUACAGUCAGGAGAAGUUGUCAACCCUGAUGAUGUCCUUGACCUUAAUGCUAAUGCCAAGGAGUUGCGAAAGGCUCAUACUCGUGUUAAAAUGGACAUGGAAAGAUUUGUGGGCGACAUGAAACAUAUGUUAGAAAAGAUUGGUCCAGCAUUCAAGCAGAUGAAGCAGUCUGAGAAAGGAACCAAGAAUGAGAUAGAGGAGGUGCGAGCCUUGUACAGGAAAGAGGCAUUACAGAGGAGAUUACUGUAUAAUCAGCUACAAGAGCUACGUGGUAAUAUACGAGUGUUCUGUCGUGUCCGGAAGGAUGACAGAGCCGAGAAUUGCCUUAAAUUUCCAAGUGACCAGGAUGUCAUUGCUACGUCUCAGGGACAGAAAAAGAUGUUUAACUUUGACAGAGUCUUUGACCCAUCUAGCACACAGGAAGCAGUAUUUGAGGAUACUAAGCCUAUUAUUACAUCAUGCGCUGACGGUUACAAUGUGUGCUUACUGGCAUACGGACAGACGGGUAGUGGUAAAACAUUUACUAUGAUGGGUCCAGAUUCCAAUCCGGGCAUUAAUAUCAGAGCAAUGAAGGAGCUGUUCCAAGUGUGCAGUGAGCGUAAGGAGACCAUGUCUUUUACACUAACUGUAUCGUUAGUGGAGAUCUAUAAUGAGACCAUUCAAGAUUUACUGACAAACGAUGCGAAGACAUUAGAGUUGCGAACUGCUGGCAACAAGGUACAGAUCCCAGGCUUGACUGAACAUGAGAUUAAAAAUGUUGAUGACGUAAAAAGAAUUAUGGCCAUGGGAGAUAAAAAUAGAUCUGUGGCCUCGACAAAAAUGAAUUCUACGAGUUCACGUUCCCAUUUGGUAUUGAUGUUGGCCGUUGAAGGGCAUGACAAAGUAACGAGUGCAAUAACGCGUGGUACCCUCGUGUUGUGUGAUCUGGCUGGUUCCGAGAGAAUAUCGAAAACAGAGGCUGAAGGUCAGAGGUUGGUCGAGGCUGCAGCCAUCAAUAAAUCAUUGUCAGCUCUUGGACAGGUUUUCUCGGCAUUACGAAGCAGUCAACUUCAUGUUCCUUAUAGAAACUCUAAACUAACACAGAUAUUACAGCCUUCAUUGGGAGGAGAUGCUAAGGCAUGUUUGUUUGUUAAUGUUAGCCCAGAUAACUAUAACUUCUCAGAAACAGUGAGCACCCUUACAUUUGGUAGUAACGCUAGACAAGUGGCUCUAGGUCAGGCUAAACAGAAUAUCAGCAAAGGAAAGUAAUGAAAUGAAAUGAAAUGCGGACAUACCAAGAAUCUAUAAGUGUCUUAUUUAGUCAUAAAUGUAAAUGUGAUAAAUUAACGUUGUGUGUGGGAGUAUUCUUAAAAAGCAAAUGUUUUAGGGAAUUAGAUCAUAGAUCAUUGUAAAAUCAGCCAACUUGUCAAUUCAUGCUUAUAAUCCAGUAGAAUCAGUUAAAUUGUCAAUUUAUAGUGGUUAUCCAGUAAAACCGGUAAACUUGUUGAUUUAUAGUUGUUAUCCAGUAAAAUCAGCUGACUAGGCAAUUUAUAGUGGUUAUCCAGUAAAAUCUGCCAAAUUGUCAUUUUACAUUAGUUUUAUAGUAGUUAUCCAAUGAAAUCAGAUAACUUGUCAUAUUAUUGUGGUUAUUUAGAACAAUCAGCCAACUUGUCAUUCUGGUAAUCCAGUAA